GGCAGGGCCGGGCGGUGCGGGACACCCGCGGGGCCGCUGGAAGGGGCUGGGGGCGGCCGGGACAUGGGGGGCACGGGAAGGGAGGAUGGCAGGGCGGGGACCCGCCGUGUCAGCCCGUGGGGUGACCCUGCUGUGCCCCGCAGGUGCCGUCCGGAGGUGCCGGGCUCCCCCUACCCCAGCUUGGGUACCACAAGCGGGGCCGAGCAUCUUCUCCUGCAUCCCCGAACGCGUGACGUGGCGGGCUGCCGUCCAUCCGCGGGGAGAGGCCGUGCACAGGCCUGGGCACCGCUGACCUCCAGGCUCUGACCUCUUGACGCCUUCGGGAUCCGUUCUCCAGGGAAUUCAGCUCAUCCCGGCCCGCUCGGCCUGUCCCGCCUGGCUGCUCCUAUGGAGAUGCUUCACGGAGUGUCAACAAACAGCACGUGUGGGCCCUCCCCAGCAUGGAGCACGCAGCAGUAGCACGGCUGGGUGAGCUCUCACAAGUCCUGCUGUGGUUUUUAAGCAAGGCCAGGCUGUGAUUUUAGGGCCCUGCUCCCUCUCCUGAGCGGCGCCAGCAGCUCGUGGAUCCCGAGCGCCGUGCCCUGGGAUGUUCUCCCUUGAGCUCCGAGCAGCAGCCAUCGGCCUGGACAGAGCCACUGGGGAUUAUUUCGGAGCAGUUGGGAAGGAGCUCCCGCUGGUGGAGCUGUGCUGGGGCAGAUGAGUGAGCCGGUGAUGAACGGGAGGGUGCCCCUGCCCGAGAAAGCCUUGUCCGAGGGCUAUGCCCGCCUGAGGUACAGGGACACGUCCCUGCUCAUCUGGCAGCAGCAGCAGCAGAAACUGGAGUCAGCUCCCCCCAACACCUACCUGAGCCGCAGCAGGAGCAUGUGGUACUCGCAGUACGGCAACGAAGCCAUCCUGGUGCGGGACAAAAACAAGCUGGAUGUCUCCAGGGACACGGGGCAGUCCAAGUUUUGUGCUAUUAUGUAAUUCCCCGCAGGAAUCCACACGUGGAGAGGAAGCAGAGCUGGGGGAGAAUCUCUUCCACCUCUCCCGUGUGGGUGAAAUGCUACAACACACCUCGACCUUGCUGAACUCGAUGUACUGAGCAGAACACACCUGUUCUAGAGUGAAAUCACAGAGGUUUGGUGUACUCAGCCCUGCUCCAUAGCACUGCAAACAACAGGCAGCUCGUUGUUUUUUUUAAAAGCACUAUUUCUGCAUGUGUUGGUGUUUGAUACCUUGUGUGUGUGCGCGCUCAUAGAUUUGCACCUCGCUGCUUUGCAGACCUGUGCAUUGCUCUGCACACAAAUAACCCUCUUGCUUUUGUCAGGACUAGCUCUGGAGGAGAAACUAUUCAGUGAAUAAAUGUUUUUGAAGCGAGUGCGAGCGUUCAAUGAGAUUCACAAAGCCAGCGAGGCUCGGCAAGGUGCCGGGGGAGCAGUGCCAGGGAUGUGUGACCCACCUGGGCCUCCAGCUCUUGGCUGAGUGAACAGGAGAUUAUUUACUCAAACAGGCACGGGGCUGGGCCCAGAGCUCCCCUGGGAUCUGCAGGUGGAUUCACCUGGAGAAGCAGGAGAGGUGGGUUCCAGGCCAGCCCUGGGGAGCACGUGAACUCUGGGAGUUUAAGGAACAGCACAUCCCCCAAAGCAGCUGUUCGUUUUCUUUUCUUAUAGAAAAAGAAAUCCAACACUUAUUUUCUUUUUAAUUUCAGUAAGGAAGAUGCUUAUUUUGGGUAUAAUCAGUCUCUUUUUGUUGACGUGGCUGGUAAACCAAAAUUCAGUUAUUUUGCAGAGUCUUAAUUGGACUAUACAAGACUAAACCCGUAAGAAUGUGCAUAAAUUCUUCCAGGAUGGAUGCUGGAUGUGACAGAGCAGGAAGAAGAGGAUGAGUUGUCCUUCCAUCUCUGUGAAUGUGACUGUAGUUUUCCAUUUCUGUGUGUCACUGGUCACAGCAGGGUUGCUGUGGCUGUUCUGUGAGCCGGUUGUGUGGUGGUGAUGCACUUGUUUCAAACACUGUUGUAGCCUCUUUGAUAAAGUGCAUUAAAAUGAUUUGAAUGCA